GCGCUCUCGCGUUCUUUUUCCGGCCGCCGAUCUAGAGAAGGAUGAAGGAAACGAGCGACGGGGAGGCUCGGGAGGCUGAAGAUGAAGUUGCAGAGUUGGAGGAGCCAGAGGAAGGUUUCAGUGACCCCGAAGGCUUCGUGGAUGAUAUCUCCGACGAGGAAUUGCUGGGUGAUAUUUUAAAAGAUCAACCUCUAGAAGCUGAUGGAAUAGAUUCUGUUAUUGUUGUGGAUAAUGUACCUCAAGUUGGACCAGAUCGGCUAGAGAAACUUCGAAAUGUUAUCCAGAAGAUCUUUUCCAAGUUUGGGAAAAUUACAAAUGAAUUUUACCCAGAAACAGAUGGGAAGACUAAAGGGUACAUUUUCUUGGAAUACAGUUCGCCAGCUUUUGCUGUGGAUGCUGUAAAAAAUGCAGAUGGAUACAAGUUAGACAAACAGCAUACCUUUCGUGUCAAUCUCUUCACAGACUUUGAUAAAUACAUGGAUAUUAGUGAUGAUUGGGAAAUUCCAGAGAAACAGCCUUUCAAAGAUUUUGGGAAUCUUCGAUACUGGAUAGAGGAUCCAGACUGCAGAGACCAAUGCAGUAUUAUCUAUGAAUCUGGAGACAGAACAGCUAUCUUGUGGAAUGAUAUAAAAGAACCCGUCAUUAUUGAAGAGCGUGCACGCUGGACAGAAACAUAUGUUCGUUGGUCUCCCAAAGGCACAUACUUAGCAACAUUCCAUCAACGUGGUAUUGCUCUUUGGGGUGGGGAGAAGUUCAAGCAAAUUCAGCGGUUCAGCCACCAAGGUGUCCAGCUAAUUGAUUUUUCUCCAUGUGAAAGGUAUAUGGUGUCAUUUAGUCCUCUAAUGGACACAAAAGACGACCCUCAAGCCAUUAUCAUUUGGGAUGUAUUAACCGGCCAUAAGAAGCGAGGGUUUCAUUGUGAAAGCUCAGCCCAUUGGCCAAUAUUCAAGUGGAGCCAUGAUGGCAAGUUUUUUGCACGAAUGACACAAGAUACUCUUAGUAUUUAUGAAACACCUUCCAUGGGUCUGUUAGAUAAAAAGAGCCUCAAGAUUAGUGGAAUAAAGGAUUUCUCAUGGUCUCCAGGUGAUAAUGUUAUUGCAUUUUGGGUGCCAGAGGAUAAAGAUAUUCCAGCCAGAGUCACUCUAAUGCAGUUUCCAACAAGGCAAGAAAUAAGAGUGCGCAAUCUUUUCAAUGUGGUGGACUGUAAAUUACACUGGCAGAAAAAUGGAGAUUACCUCUGUGUGAAAGUAGAUAGAACUCUGAAAGGUAUACAGGGUCUUGUGACUAACUUUGAAAUCUUCAGAAUGAGGGAAAAGCAGGUUCCUGUAGAUGUUGUGGAAAUGAAAGAGGGUAUCAUAGCUUUUGCUUGGGAGCCAAAUGGAAGUAAGUUUGCUGUUCUGCAUGGAGAAACACCUAGAAUAUCGGUAUCUUUCUACCAUGUGAAGAAUAAUGGCAAAAUUGAACUAAUCAAAAUGUUUGACAAACAGCAAGCUAACAGCAUCUUUUGGAGUCCACAAGGCCAGUUUCUGGUACUAGCUGGUCUGAGGAGCAUGAAUGGUGCUUUAGCAUUCUAUGACACAUCAGAUUGUACACUGAUGAAUGUAGCAGAGCAUUAUAUGGCUUCUGAUGUCGAAUGGGACCCAACCGGACGAUAUGUAGUUACUUCAGUCUCAUGGUGGAGUCACAAGGUGGAUAAUGCAUACUGGAUGUGGACAUUCCAAGGGCGUCUCUUGCAAAAGAACACCAAGGAUCGUUUCUGUCAACUGCUGUGGAGACCUAGACCUGCAACUCUGCUCUCUCAGGAUCAGCUUAAACAAAUUAAAAAAGAUUACAAGAAAUAUUCAAAAAUCUUUGAGCAGAAAGAUCGGUUGAGUCAGUCCAAGGCUUCCAAGGAAUUAGUAGAUAAGCGGCGUAAAAUGAUGGAAGAAUUCCAUAAGUAUCGUGAGAAGGCUACUCAAAUUUACGCAGAGCAGAAGCCCCAACGUUUAGAGCUCCGUGGAGGUGUUGACACUGAUGAGCUGGACAGUAACGUUGAUGAUUGGGAGGAAGAGACUGUUGAAUUUUUUGUGACAGAAGAAAUUAUCCCUGUUGGAGAUCAGGAGUAGUCUUAUACAGUGCCACCAUAUUUUUCAGCGAAGCCGAUUUCUCCUGUGUCACCUGGAAGUUCAAUGUGCUUCACUCUGCAAAGAUCAUCACAGUGCCUUUUCCUAUAUUACUUUCCGUGGUGGUGAUAAAGACGCUGCCUUCACUUCUACUAAUUGUGAAUAAAUUUCACUAAUUAGCAGCAGCUCUGCAGUUUACUUUGUGUAACUCGCUAGUCACUGUGGAAGCUGUCAUUGGUUUAAGUAAGUAUAAUAUUGAGGCACUCUUUCCUGUAGCCAUGGGCUAUUUUUACAUCCAUGGUAAAUUAACAUUGCAUUUUGUAUGGAGGAAUAUUGAGACUACAAAGAGAAUUAUUAUGUAUUUUAGUGUCCACUUAAGGCACUACAGUGGACUGUAUCCUCCUCCAUUCAGGUUAUAUCUGACAUCAAAUGGGAUAAAAUAAAGCUUAGUAACACCAA